AUGUUCACAUCCCGUCACGGUAAACAGCGCCGUCCCGGCGGCCUUCAUCAGACCUUCAGCCCGUCGCCGCCUCCUCAUCGCCCACCUCGUCAAUCCUCUGCCCGUAUGCAUGCCACGGCCGAUUUCACAGAGGCCGACGACGAUGAAGAUGACGAAGAUGAUGAAGAACAAGGCCUCGAUCACGGCGACGGACCAGACCCGGAUGACGAGCACGCCGUAGACGACUUGGCUAUACCCCAGCAGCGAGGCCCAGGUGGCCUGCCCGUCAUCCCACUCUUCUCUUCUACCCAUCUUGAUACCCUUCCUGUCUACAACAUUACCCACGCUAUUCGGAUCAUAGUAUCGACUCGAACCGAAACAUCUCUGACCUGGGAGCAGCUACGCUCUCCUCAGGUUUCGCAAUUUCUCGUCAAACCGAUGCUGCAACUGAUUCGCGCCCAGCACUUUUCCCGAGCCACUGUGUAUGCUCUCAUGGCCAAUUGCUUGCAGUUCAACAAGGAAGGACAACGAUACGCCGCCAAUACAGGCAUCAGCAAUACCCGAUCCAAAGUUUGCGAACUUUUGGCGCUCAAGCUGCUCAAGGAGUAUUCCACCCGCGAGCUGAUUGACGCCCUGGCUUACGACUUCUACCCCCUACAAGGUCUUCCAGGCGCGUCUGAAGACAUUGCCAGCCGAGCCACCGGAAAAGCCAAGGGAACAUUGACCGCAUCGCGCACAUCUACACUCGAGGUUGCCAUUCGUGCCUCAGCCAAGCACUUUCUCGCCCACCCUGUCGUCGUUCAGCAACUUGAAGCCAUCUGGAACGGCGCCAUUUCUUUUUACUCGUCUGCCGAUACACUGCACAGGGAGGAAGCCCCUAUCGGCCUUUACAGUCACGCAAACGGCUCACCAAAUAAGUCGGAUGAUAGGACACCGUUGUUGGGUAACACGGUGCCCAGACAUGCCCAGUACCAUGUCCCAAACGGGCGUCGUACCGUCAUGCUGUAUGACCCACGACAGGCUUCCGUUUUCAAGCUGUCUCGUCUCCGCGUGCCUCGUUAUCGGUCCUUCCUGUCGACGCUGUCGCUAGCGGUCUUGAUUGGACUCUUUCUGGCGGUGUUAAUACAACGCUCAGUGCAUAUCAGUGGGCUAGAGCUGGUCUUUUGGUUCUGGAGUGCGGGCUUCAUGCUUGACGAGCUGGUCGGUUUCAAUGAACAGGGAUUUGCCCUGUAUAUUAUGAGCUUCUGGAACGUGUUUGAUCUCGGCAUCUUGGUCCUGCUCAUCGUCUACUACUGCAUGCGCGCCUAUGGAGUCUUCCUUGUUGACCCUCAUCACUGGAACGACAUGGCUUACGAUGUGCUGGCCGCUAAUGCAAUAUUGCUGCUGCCGCGCAUCUUUAGUGUGCUCGAUCACUACCAAUAUUUCUCGCAGCUGCUGAUUGCAUUUCGCCUCAUGACACUCGAUCUGGCCGCCGUAUUUAUACUCGUUCUCAUCAUGUGCAGCGGGUUUUACGUCUUUUUUACCCUCUCGAAUGUGCAGAGUGACGGUAGUGAGGUUGCUUAUAAGAUUUUCCAGAUUCUCAUGGGCUUUACGCCUGCUGUGUGGGAUGUCUGGCCGACUUAUAACUGGCUGGCCAGAUCUCUCAUGGUUGUUUUCCUCAUCAUUUGCCACUACCUUGUCGUCACCAUCCUCAUUACGGUGCUGACCAAUUCUUUCACCGCAAUCGCAUCAAACGCCACAGAGGAGCAUCAGUUUGUCUUUGCCAUCAACACGAUAUCCAUGGUCAAGAAUGAUGCCUUAUUCUCAUACAUUGCCCCGACGAAUAUAUUUGCGUGGGUACUAAUGCCGCUCCGCUACUGCAUGCCACUCAGGCAAUUCGUGUGGCUGAACCGCACCAUUAUCAAGGCAACGCACUUCCCCAUUCUCUUCUGCAUCUAUCUUUACGAAAGGUUUUGGUUGGCACCCUCCAUGUUUGAGCCCACUGACUUAGUCGAAAACCACGGAAGAGGCAGACGCCGCGCCAUAUCCUUUGGUGAUGCUGUCAACCGUACGGCUCUUUUCAGUCCAAACAUUCGUGUUCGGGAGGAGUCUGUCGCAGGUUUUCAGAAGGACCGCGCAUUGGAAGAGUUGUUCAGGCGAGCGCCAGCAAGUGCGACGUUGAGAACGCAGCGAAGAAAUGAGCGGCGCAAGACGCAAAAUGCCAUUCGCAAUUGGAUGGAGCAGCACGAUGAGGAUGGCAGUGGCAACCAUUGGCCAACCAUUGAUAGCCGGGCAGUGCCGGACUGGCAGAGACGGAUGAGUGUGGGCUGGGAACGAGGACCCCUUCCGCGCCAUGUAUCUGAUGUAAGAUCUGCAGCCAGUGACCCUGCCGAGUUCAUGUCCAAUAAUGGGGCGUUUGGUCCUGGACCUGCGUCUGCCUCCCGCCUACCGUCUUUCAACGUCGAGCUUAAAGAUCAUACAGAUGCAGAUGGUGACGACGAGCUUGUUACAAAUGAUGAGGACGAAGAAGACACGGCCACAAACCUUGGACAAGGUGCUGGCGAGAAUAAGUCUCGCCUGAUGGCCAGACAAGGAGACUACUUCGGCCCGAUUCUCGGUGCCAGCUUUGGGAAGUUGGCUUCGUCCCACAGCUCUGUUGGAGCCAUGGCACCCAAAGCACCAGCCACCCCUCGCGCCCACAACCAACGUCGUGGGGCGCACAGUCGUACACUGUCUACGAAUACGAUCUUGUUCAAUCCAGAAGAAGAGGCCUCUCUUACACCAGCUUUCGCGACCAAGUCGCCGCCGAAGCCGGUACAGUCCAAGAAGCCCGGUAGCAGCGGCCGUAAUACCGCCGGAGAAGGACAAACGAGUUCUGGACGCCGCAGUCCCGUCAGAAAAACGGCAACAAUUGCUGAGGCGAAGCCUCGACCGAUUGUGCCACCGGCCGGCAUGACUGAAGCCGGAGGAAUCAGUCGGACGGCGCUGCUCAGCAUAGAUACCACUCGCGCCCGACUUCGAGAAGGACGUCGGCUGUCUUCUGUUGAUCUAAGUGUCAUGUCGGACCAGACUGGUAUGGGGGCGGACGACUCGCAUGCGAACUUGAGUAUGCCGGGCAGCUUCCAGACGCAAAUGGCCAUGGCAAUGAUGAGGGAGAGUCGCAUGCGUGUGGCUCGCGGCAUCGAUGCAGCAGAUCGAGAUAGGAUGGGCCGGCUGGUUCUGGCGCGCAUGAAGACGCUAGAGGAGAGCUUCGCGGACGUGGUAAAGGAAAUGCGGGAUCUCAAAAACACAUCGACGCCACCAACGAGAUGGAAUUCAUCCAAUGAAGGCGGUGGUGGCCCGUCAGAGAAGCGCGCGAAAGGCAGCUCUACACCCAGCCGAGGGCCCAACAAGCGGCCAGUGAGUCGAAGAAGCUUGCGCGAGGUCAAAGUUUCGGAACGGCCGGAAGGGUGGGAUAAGUUUAAAGGCAAAGGCAAAGGAGUUGCCUAUUCAUCGGAUGAAGGCGGCGAUGAUGACGCAGACGAGGCCACUUCGAAGCGGGCGGGAUCAUAUUGA